AAUUUUCGAUGACAAAAACGGGUUUCAUUCGAUUUCGAAUCGAUCAAAAUUAAUAUUAAUCGAAAAUGAGCGUUUCCUUCCCGGAAAAAAGAAGAACUUGAUGCUGAGAGUGAUCCAAGCGGAGCCAAACGCUUUUUUAGAGCGUUCGACAGGGAUCUAAAGAAGAAAAGAAAUCCGAAAGCGUCUACUACAAAUGUAUGUGAAUCGACUCCUGCAACAAUCGAUCUGGUUACUCCACCUGCAUCACCACGUCGGUCUGAUUCGUAUAUGCAGUUUCCUUCAAAUUCUCGAGAGCUCGAUGAGCCGAGAUCCACUGACGAUAUCCCGGAAUGCGAUUCAAUAGCCAAUUCUACUCAGGAAACAAGCUUGGAUACAACAGAUUCCAUGGCAAAUACUGAAAGAUUUUUUGAUUUUUAUCCAGCUGUAUUUCGCCGCACAGUCCUUCGCAAUGCGCCGCACGGCUUUUUGCAAUGCGCCGCACGCUUCUUCGUAUUUAUUUAUUUAUUUUUCCAACAGGAAAUUUCGAACGGAAUUCAAUUAAAAACGGAUUUUUAAUGGAAAUUAAUUAGUUUUAUUCGAGCUAAAUACGGAUAUUUUCAGAAUUUUCGAUGACAAAAACGGGUUUCAAUCGAUUUCGAAUCGAUCAAAAUUAAUAUUAAUCGAAAAUGAGCGUUUCCUUCCCGGAAAAAGAAGAACUUGAUGCUGAGAGUGAUCCAGGCGGAGCCAAACGAUUAAAAUGAUAGAAGUGA